AUGGAUGGUAAAAAAAAGAAAUAUAAUAGUUUAAAUGAUUCCGAUUUAGGAUCAAUAUACACUUUUCAAAGUCGGGAAUCGAAAUUUAUAGACGAUGAUCAUUCCAAUUAUUUGGCUAUAAGCCCGAACGGGGAGCUUGCUGUGACUUUUAAUCCCGAAUCUUAUGUACUUAAAAUUUACUACGUCAACAACUUAACCGCUCCUAUAAUUUUACAUUAUGAUGAAAUGAGAAGAUUGAAUUUACCUUCUGUGAAGGUAUCUUUUUCUUUGGCUAUUUCCGAUUCCUCAAAUGUCCGAGAAAAUGUAGAAGAUGCAUUCGUUGCCGUUUCGUGUUUUUGCGAUAAAGAUAUGACGUCAGAUGCUGAUGAUGAUGAUUCAGUCGAAAAUUCAAGUAAUCCUCCAGAUGCGGAAAAGGGGGAUGAUUUUAAAACAGAAAUUUCAGCAGAAACAUUUGUUUUUUCAGUGAUAUUAAAAGAGCGUAUCGAAACCACUAUAGAUAAGUACGGUGGGGUCGUUAAAUUUUUGAAUAACAAUUCGGAAAAUGAAGCCGUUAAAUCGAAUGGAUUCACUAAUCUAAUUGUCAUGAACGCUUCUGGAAUUGCAAAAGCAUUUAUCGAUCAUAAGAAUCCUUACGUUAUCGAACGAUCAAUAUUUAAUAAUUCUUCGGUCGCGCAAGUAUAUGAAUUUCCAACAACCAUUCAAACUAAAAUUGAUAAAUUGUAUCAAGAUUCUCCUUGUACGAGAUUUUUAAAUAAUAUCGUUGAGAAUCAAUUUUUAUUUGUUGAAGAUUAUAGGAAUCAAAGACUUGAAUUGUAUAAUUUACAAUCCUUGGAUUUAGAGUUGACAAUUCGAAAGCGGGAUGAAAACUCUCUUUCAACGCAAGCAUAUGGGAAUUCAAUUUUCUCCAUUUCAAAGUAUGGUCACUUAUUAGCAUAUUGUAAUGGUACAAAGUGUAUUAGGAUUCAUUUAAUGGAAAAUGGACUUGAGGUUACGACUAAAGAAUUUACUACCGCAAAUAAAAUCCUUUCAAUUUCAUUUAUUGACGAUGAUGAAAGAUUAUUCGUUGUCACUGAAGAAGCAUCCGGAUAUGGUGAAAAUGGAAAAAUUACAUUCACUACAUUGAUAAAUAUUUGGGAUAUUUUCACUUUUAAGAAUGACGUACGAAAGUUUGUCGAUCAAUCAGGCAUUUUUAGUUCAUUACAAAAGUCAAAUAAUCGCUCAAUAGCUUGUUCAAAUGGAAUAAUACUUGCAUCUUUACAGGAUGAGGUUAUUUGUUCAGUCCUUGAAUUAUCGGAUAUUAAACGUAAUUUAAAACCAUCUAAUAUAUCACAAGAUCUUCUCCCAAUUACCAUUAAUCAAGCUCAAGAAAAUUCAUGGAAAAAGGAUAAAAAGGAUAAAAUCUUUCACACAAUCUUUCAACAAGAUGGAAAAGGUUUGGAUGCUAAGAACGAGCAUAAGCGAGUAUUAGUCGUUAAUAAUAAGGAACCUUGGGUUCAUCACAAGCAAUACAAGCGUAUUUCUUCUUACCUUGAUGAAGAGAAAACCAUUCAACUUAUAAUCGGAAUAACAACAGUUCAAGUUUGGAGGAAUAAGGGUCGUGGCUCUAAAAAUAGGAGAGUGUUAGAAUAUAUUUGGGUAAAUCCAAGUAACAAAAUGAUUAACGUUUCAUCUCUAAAGAUCGGAAAGCAUGAAUUUUCUUUAAAUUUGUCAUUGCCUUCAACGAUUUCCGCUAAUUUAAGUCAAAACGUAAACAUUCAUUGGCCAAAUGAAGCUCAUGUCCUCAAAGACGCAUGUGUUGCUAUGGAGUAUCUUUACGAACGAAGAGACGAACCUGUAGGGCCGAAAAAUCAAGGCAAAUAUGAAGAAUUGGUAGCCGACACGGAGAAACUGAUUAAAAAGUGCAUCCAAAAAAAUCCGGAUUUAUGGAGUUUAUCUGAGAUACGAUAUGACAUUAUGGCCAAUAUCAUCCGAUCAAAGCAUAUAUCGUUAUUGCAUCGGAUUCUAUUCGAACAUAAAGAAGCAGUUGGCAUUAAACAAGAUAAAACGAGAAUUAGUCGUUACUUGCAUAUUCCAAGGGAAUAUCAAUGGCCUAUAAGAGCGAAAGAAAGUGAUUUGAUGAUUGCUAUUAAAAAAUCUUCCGGUGGACAUCGGAGGGAUACAGUUAUCGUCGCCAUGUUGCUCGAAUAUUAUUCAAAUAAUGCGGAAAAAGAUACAGGUUGGAUGUUUGCAGUGACAAAGGUUCUUCCUUUGCUUAACAAUCGUAACUUUGAACCUUAUUUAAAAGAGUUAUUUUACAAGCCUUGCUUUGGAUCCAAAAUAGAACUUAUAGAUUCAAAAUUUGUGAACCAAAGUAAAUUGAAAAAAGGAUAUAAAUCGGAAAUUUGUUCUUUAAAUCUGAGACCACGACUAUUAUUGAAGCAAAAUGAGUCUUCAUUGUGGAAUACAUUUAAGUUGAAAAAACUGAAAAGAAGAUCAAAAGUAACGGAUGAUGAGGUUACACAAGUAACGGCAGUACGCGUAGUUCCGUUACCAGAUUUUACAAUUUAUCCAUCAAAGUCGAUUGAUAGAACAAAUAGUAAUUGGAUGAUUCCGUUAAAAUUUAUUAAACUCAUAUUUUGGCCAAGAGGUUAUUUGGUUCGAAGUAAUGAUCAACGUAGCCCUUUUCUAAGGCUUUUAAGAAAUAAUGAAAAUGAACUACUAUAUGAUAAUCCAGCAAUGGAAGCAUGCAUUGAUUUUAAAUGGGGUGCAGCGAGAAAUCAUUUUUUACGUCAUUUUUUAUUAUUCAUAGUCUUUGGGCUCACGUUUGCAUUAGUUUCUGGAACUCUCAACAUUAGUGAAACGGGUGAUAGUGAAUUUUUAUCAUUCUUUUUACUAAUCUUAUUUUUUUAUCUCGGAUAUUAUCUUUUGGCAACUGAAUUUGUACAAUUGAGAUACGAGGGUUUUAAAAGAUAUUGGAGCAUAUAUAAUUUUCUUGAUCUUGCAUCAAUUAUUCUUUCAUUAGUUACGAUGAUAAACUUUCUUAGAAUAUUCUUAAAAUGGAAUAAUAUCACAAGUGGUCCUGAUUACGACACAUCUGAUCAAAGUGAUUUGUAUUAUGCCCAAUAUCUUAAAGAUCACGGUGUAACAGCUAGUGAUGAUCUUAAAGAAGUCGUUAUUCCGCAAGCAUUUGCGGUUUUGCUUUUAUGGUUUGAAUUAUUAUUAUUGACGCGAUUCUUUACGAGUACUGCGACUUAUAUUAACAUGAUUAUAAAUAUCUUAAAAGCUAUUUGGCCAUUCCUAAUUUUUAUGUUAAUGACAACCGUUGCUUUCGGUCAUGCAAUGUAUAUCACGUUACGAGAUCCUAAAAGUAUUGGUUUAGAUCCUAACGGCGAUAGCUAUGUGAUAGACUCUCCAAAUCCGGACGGUACCAUAGACUUUAAAAUUUCACAAGAGUUUGAUAUAGCCAAACCCAUUGAUAAUUUUUAUGUAACAUUUGGGCAUUCUAUUAUGGGAGUUUAUUUUUGGAUUCUUGGAAGAUGGGACCAAUUAGAACUUUGGGAUUUCUGGCCAGUUCACGUAUUUAGUAUAGCCGCAAGUAUAUUAUUGGUCAUCAUCAUGCAGAAUUUGUUGGUCGCAUUUAUGACGGGUGUGUAUGACGAAGCAAAAAAUAAUGUAAAGGUAGCGGUGCUAAGUUAUAGAGCUGAUUUGAUCGCUGAUUAUGAAACGUUAGAAAAACCAUUAGGUAGUUCAAGAGGGAAUCCGAGAUACAUAUAUUAUGUUGGAAGUGCUGAAUAUCAAGAGGAAUGGUUAGAUAAAGCUGAAAAAUAUAGGAAAACUCAUAAAUCAUUACUUGUUGAAGAUAUUAAUAGCCAGAUCUUAAAAGACACUAAUGAUUCAGAUGAUUCGGAUGAUGAUGAUCAAAAAGAUCAAUUUUUAAAUGUAGCAGCAAAUAAAGGUAAUAAUGCUCAAACAUUUAAAUUGACCGUCGAUGACCAUGAAGAUAAAACUACUGUUACGAAUGAUGAAUUCCUGAAAUUACGAGACGAGAUGAAGAUGUUGCAAAGUGAUGUUAAAGAAUUGUUAUCAUUCAUUAAGAGUAAAUGA